GAGAAGGAGCGACGCUAGAAUCGGAGCCGGAGAAACUGGCGCUUCCUGGCAGGGGAGGGCGGAGGCGCGAGGGAGGGAGUGUAGGUGGGGGCGGGGGUGCGGGGGCCGGCGCGGGGAGAGCGGAGUAUAACUCGGCGGCCGCCAGGCGCGGGGGCAGUUGCGGGCACCGGGGUCUGCAGCCAGCGCCAAGCGGAGCCCAGCGUCUUCUCAGACGGACGGCGGAGCCAGCGGAGGAGCGGGUACCCGGGGCAAAGCGCGCCCAGCUCCGAGAGGCGGCGGGUGAGCGAAACUUUGCAUCGCUGUUCGGCGCUCCCGCUCUCGCCCAGCACUUCUCAGGAGGAUCCCGGCAGCCGGGGUCAGUGCGCGCGCUACGGACAAGCGCCCCCGAGAGCUGGGAAGAUGAUGAUGAUGUCCCUGAACAGCAAGCAGGCGUUCAGCAUGCCGCACGGCGGCAGCCUGCACGUGGAGCCCAAGUACUCGGCGUUGCACAGCGCCUCGCCCGGCUCCUCCGCGCCCGCGGCGCCCUCCGCCAGCUCUCCUAGCAGCUCGAGUAACGCUGGAGGCGGUGGCGGCAGUGGUGGGGGCGGUGGCGGCCGGAGCAGCAGCUCCAGUAGCAGCGGCGGCAGCGGCGGCAGCGGCGGGGGCUCCGAGGCGAUGCGGAGAGCGUGUCUUCCAACCCCACCGAGCAAUAUAUUCGGCGGGCUGGAUGAGAGUCUGCUGGCCCGCGCCGAGGCUCUGGCGGCCGUGGACAUCGUCUCCCAGAGCAAGAGCCACCACCACCACCCGCCCCACCACAGCCCCUUCAAGCCGGACGCCACCUACCACACCAUGAACACCAUCCCGUGCACAUCGGCUGCCUCCUCGUCGUCGGUGCCCAUCUCUCACCCGUCUGCGCUGGCGGGCGCGCACCACCACCACCAUCACCACCACCACCAUCACCAUCAGCCGCAUCAGGGGCUGGAGGGCGAGCUACUGGAGCACUUGAGUCCCGGGCUGGCCCUGGGUGCCAUGGCCGGCCCCGACGGCGCGGUGGUGUCCACGCCAGCUCACGCGCCGCACAUGGCUACCAUGAACCCCAUGCACCAAGCAGCGCUCAGCAUGGCCCACGCGCACGGGCUGCCCUCACACAUGGGGUGCAUGAGCGACGUGGACGCCGACCCCCGGGACCUGGAGGCAUUCGCCGAGCGCUUCAAGCAGCGACGCAUCAAGCUGGGGGUGACCCAGGCCGAUGUGGGCUCCGCGCUGGCCAACCUCAAGAUCCCCGGCGUGGGCUCGCUUAGCCAGAGCACCAUCUGCAGGUUCGAGUCCCUCACGUUGUCGCACAACAACAUGAUCGCGCUCAAACCCAUCUUGCAAGCAUGGCUCGAGGAGGCCGAGAAGUCCCACCGAGAGAAGCUCACCAAGCCGGAGCUCUUCAACGGCGCGGAGAAGAAGCGCAAGCGCACGUCCAUCGCCGCGCCCGAGAAGCGCUCUCUUGAAGCCUACUUCGCUAUCCAGCCGCGGCCCUCCUCCGAGAAGAUCGCCGCCAUAGCAGAGAAGCUGGACCUUAAGAAAAACGUGGUGCGCGUCUGGUUCUGCAACCAGAGGCAGAAACAGAAAAGAAUGAAAUAUUCCGCGGGCAUUUAGGAGACCCUUGGCCUCUCCAGGGACAACCCCCCCUCCCUAUCCCGUCUUUUCCCUCCCUCUCUCUCCUGCCUCUUUUCUUUCCACUUUUGGCAACCAGAAAUUAUUCCAGUAAAUGUGAAUCCAGAGAAAGCGAGGAAUGGAGAGAGAGAAACUGAGCCCCAAACCCGGUGAGAAUGUGAACCGACUUCUCAAAGGAUAGAAAAACACAAGAAGGGAUUUGUCAAGUUGUAGCAAAGUUGUCCCUUUCAACAUCACCCCACCCGGAAAAGGCACCUCGACUAAUUCAGAGGAAGUCUGGAGCUGGCUGUUUGCAGGAAAGCAGAUGAGACAGCUUUUUGAAAGGCCCCCAGAAUGAUCAAGUAAGAUUCGUUUUUAUUCCUACAGACACCCUUGUUCAAGUUUAAAAGUACACUUUGCAGCUAUUUUUCAGAAAUAGAAAUUGAUUCAGGACUGAGACUUUAAACUAGAGUUGAUGCUUAAUGUGAUAGAGACAUCUCUAAAGUAUUUUGAAUUUUAAAAAAAGAUGGCAGAUUUUCUGCAUUUACACUGUAUAUUAUAUAUAUAUAUUUUUAUUGUGGUUCUUACCCCUUUCUUCCUUCUCCGAAGUGUUAAUGCUUAAGAAAGGAGUUGCGCCUGCUGUGUUCACUGAUCUCGAAAGCUAUUAGAUUAUUGCCGAACAACCCUCUGUAAAUUAUUAAUUUAUCUCUCUAGCAACUUAAUUUGUGCACAUUCUAAUUAAUUAAACUUCUUUAGUCUAAAAACAGGAGGGAAACGUAUGGUUAGUGAUGUUAAAAUUUUUUGUUUGAUGAGUUUACUGAAUUUUUAUAGCUUUCCUUUUAUGCUGUGUUUCCUUUGGCCCAUUUGUAUAUUCUCACUUUGAAUGAAGAUUGUUUUCUCAUUGUUUUUACUGGUAGUGUUCUGAUUUGUGAGUUGACACUCAGUAAUGGAUGUCUUAAUCGUGUAGACCUGAUUCGCUGUCCAAAGUAUUGUUUACUUCUUUACAUAUUUAAUGGGGAUUCCCACAUUGUCCCGCUACACACUCGUUCUCUCGCCCUUUUACACACACACACACACACACACACACACACACACACACCUCUAAUGGGAAAGAAGAAGUGAAGCAGUUGGAAGCAUGACUAUAAUGCAUCAUUUUCUAGCUGUAGGUGCAUUUGCCACUUGGUGUUUGUCCUUCCAGAUUCUAAGAUUUCACCAAGGUAUUUCAGUCUUCUAGUUUUCAAUUGCUUUGUUGACUACAUUUUAACUUUUACAGGAAUUCUUCAGUUUUUCCUUUUGGAGGUUUGUUUGUAGAAAAACUAAUUUGAAUUAUAAGAAAGACAGUGCACUGCUUGUAAAUUCACAUGGUUUGGUAGAAUUCUUUUGGAACAAAAAAAUUAGGUACAUGAUGACUGGUACCUUAUUUAUUGUAAAUAUUUCAUUCAAAAUGAUGCACAUAUAGAUAUAUUCUUACAAAUUUUGCUGUAUUGCUGUUCCAUUUGCGGCUCUCUGAAGUCUUGAGUUCUGUAUAUGACCUGCUUUCUUGUUUUUGUUAAUAGAUGGUUUAUUUACUAUGGUAAUGUAUUAUUUUUGGUGUUGUUUGAUUGUCUUUCAUCGAAGAGAUGAUUUUAAUGUUUUAUUGGCAAAGUAUGCUGCUUUUCCAUUAAAAUAUGCUAUUAAAAUUAAAUGGCGUUUAAAA